AUGGAGAUGAUGUUUGCUUCAGCCGCAUUUUGUGCAAAGACGGAGAUGCAAGAGCCGUUGAAGGUGGAUAUCGGACGCCUGCUGAGUGCCUUCCCCAAUCUACUUCCUCUUCAGUUCGAAAGGUCUAUGACCGGAAGUUCAGCUUCCACAGGUGAGGGCAGUGCCAGUGACGAUGCCUGGGAUGCCAGUUCCAGUUACACGGAGCAAGAGCGACCAGAGAGCCCAUGCAGCAAGCCUCCAAUUGGCCCUCCACCGGGUCUCGAGCACUGUGGACCUGCCACUCUGGCUUGCCAGGCCUCGAAGACCUCAAAGCCUCGUGGAGCGCUCUCGAAGCGUGAAGUGAUGCAUGAUAUGCCAAAAACACCCGGGUCUCAGCCACAAAGACAGGUCGAAAGAGAGGUGCGACAAUCUUUGUCACAUAAGGGGUCCGAUGGCACUGCUCGCCGCUCAGCGAAGAACGCCAAAUCUAAGCACAGCAAAAACUGCAAGGGGCAGGACGCCCAUCAGAUUCAGAUUCUUUUCACGGGAUAUGACCCGCAGAAGCAUGCAGACUUCGACCUCGUACCGCGACUCAUCGGCCGAAAGGGCUGCAACAUGGUCCCAAUCUUUUCCACAGGGGCGAAGGCCCGAGUGCGGGGCGCCGGCAGUGGCCACUUCGACUCUACCAGCCCGAAUGGCGAGCCGGCGGAAGCCGAUCUCAUGCUCCAGCUCGUGAUCUCAAGCCCGACGAAGGACGUCCUGGAUGCGGCUCUGCGCAGUGCCCUAGUGCUGCUGGACGAUAUUUCGUUCCACUUUGGCCGUUACUGUGGCAAGAAGCACCUGCCGUGCCCACGACUCUACAGCAUCGCCUGA